AUGGGGUCCCCAAACUGGAUUUCCUCAGCCGCGGGAUGGCGGGGCAGCAGCCGGAGAAAACCAGACCACUGCCCGGAUCCACCCGCGCGCACGCCGGGAACGGGGCGGAGACCGGCGGCCGCAGCCCCCGCCUCCCGCGGGUCCGGAGGCCGCGGCGCCGCGGGGACCAGGCUCGGGCCGCGGCGGUUGCGCCGAGGGAGCCCCGCCGGAGAGCGCCAUGAGGGCCGAGUCGGGGCUGCCGCCGGAGGGCCGCCCGGUGAGCGGCGAGGGGCGCCGGCCUCCAGCGGCCGGGAGGGGGUGCCCUGCGGCUGCGGGUCGGGAGGGGCGCCCGCGGGACGGGACGGAGCGGGCGGGGCGGGGCGGGCAGUCCUUUCCCAGCCGGCACCGAACCCGGGCCGGCGGGAGGUUUCCGGGCCCAGUGUUGCCUUGACGACGCCUCACUUCCCGGUCGCCCCGGCCCGGCCCGGCCCGGCCCGCGGCGGGAAUGCCGGCCCCUCCGGAGGGCGGGUGGCCGCCGCCGGGGAAGAGACCGGGUUUUGCCCGUGGAGACGGUUCAUCGUGGGCAUCUCCCCCGUUUCUCCAACAAACAAAUCACUUGGGAACCGGGGGAACCGUGAUGGCACCCCACGCCCGCUGGCGUGUCCCCCGGGGCAGCGCCCUCCACGAGCCCUCCCACCGGUGCCCAGUGCUAUUCAAGAUGAUGUUCCACUUAGUCAUCCCAAGAAAAAGAAGCCGAGAACAAAAACCGUGCUAGCAAGUGCUUCUCUGGAAGGUCUUGUUCAGACUGCUCUUCAUAGGCCACCUGAGAGCAGUGAGCCACCAACUAAAGAACUGCCAGAGCAUCCAGCAGCUCCUGUUCAAAGAAGACAGAAGACAAGGGUACCUCUUGAAUUGGAGACUGCCUUCACCCAGAAGACAUCUAGUCCAUCUUUAUUACGGAAUGAAAAUGGUAUCGAUGUGGAGCCAGCCGAGGAGCCUGUUAUUAAAAAACCUCGAAGGAAGACAAAGAAGGCCCGGCCAGCAGAACUGCAGUAUGCCAAUGAGCUCGGCGUGGAAGAUGAAGACAUAAUUACUGACGAGCAAAGGAGUCCAGAACAACAGUCUGUAUUCACUGCGCCCACUGGCAUUAGCCAGCCUGUAGACAAAGUGUUUGUGGAAAAAAGCCGGCGAUUCCAGGCCACCGACCGUUCAGAGCUGAUGAAGACCACGGAGAACGUAGACGUGUCGAUGGACACGAAGCCCUCCUGGACGACCAGGGACGUCGCCCUUUCCGUGCACCGGGCUUUCAGGAUGGUGGGUCUGUUUUCUCAUGGCUUCUUGGCUGGCUGUGCUGUGUGGAAUAUUGUUGUGAUAUAUGUUCUAGCAGGAGAUCAGCUUUCUGACCUCUCGAACCUUCUGCAACAAUACAAGACGUUAGCAUAUCCAUUCCAGAGUCUUCUCUACUUGCUUUUGGCUCUAAGUACAGUUUCAGCUUUUGACAGGAUUGACUUUGCCAAAACAUCAGUAGCAAUCCGAAAUUUUCUUGCCCUGGAUCCAACAGCUUUUGCAUCUUUCUUGUACUUCGCUGCUCUUACACUAUCUCUGAGUCAGCAAAUGACAAGUGACAGGAUCCACCUUUACACACCUUCUUCUGUUAAUGGCAGCCUCUGGGCGGCAGGAAAUGAGAAACAGGUUCUCCAGCCGUGGAUCCUGGUGAAUCUGGUGGUGGCCAUUCUGGUUGGACUGUCCUGGCUUUUCCUGUCUUAUAGGCCAGGCAUGGAUCUGAGUGAAGAGUUGAUGUUCUCCUCUGAGGUGGAAGAAUAUCCUGAUAAAGGAAUCAACGCCUCUUCCUAAAGCCUGCUCACCUUCAGAGGAAUAACGGCCCAGUGCUUAGAAUUCUUCCCGUCCUUGUUUUUAAAUGUAUUUUUAUAAGAUAUGCACAGGUGUAUUUGGAAUUGAUUUUUUUAUUAUGUAAUACUGAAAAAAUUCUCAAGAUUAUGGAAAUUGUUAAAAUUGUACCUGCAGUUUAUACCCAAACACCAUUAUCUUAAUGACAAAGGAGGUAAUAAGCUAGAAACAAAUAGGUGAAAGUGCUUAUUUCCUGUUCUGUCAAAUCAGUGGCAUUUAUAAUCAUUUCUUAAAGAGCACGAGUAACUUUACUGUUACAAAAGCUAUAUCAGGUUUAAACAUAAAUUCAGGGAAUGGGAAAGAAGGGAAAUAAAGACCUUCAUUAUUUAUUUUUGAUAUCUUCUUACUGAGUUCAUUGAAAUAUGAAAUUUGUCUUUUUUUAAAGUGACUUAGUGACUGUAUCAUGUAAUAAGUAUAAUGUAAUGUAAUUUAGCUUGAAAGAUGCUUUACUUCAUGGCUAAUAAA